GCAUUGCAGCGAAUAUUGUGCCAGCAUUUUCCCAGGCCGAAUGGAUUGUAAGGGUUCAAAAUAAUACCAAUAAUGAUGUUGGUGAUGUCAAUGAUUUUCACCCAGGCAGCAAUAUGGUCGAGAGGAAAUCGAAAGUAAAAUGCGAAGAUAGAGAAUACGCUGGGAACCUCCCAAGAGUGAGCAUCAUUAUCACCUUCUUUAACGAGUAUAAAAGCGUUCUGCUCCGAACCUUGCAUAGUGUAGUCAAUCGCACGUCACCCGAGCUACUUAAGGAGAUCAUUCUUGUGGACGACUUCAGCGAUACCGACUUUCUAGAUAAACCCCUGAACGAGUACGUAGCCGCACACUUUACGAAUGUACGAAUUUUGCGAAUGCUCAAACAUUCUGGACGGAGUCACGCACGCAUGUUAGGAGCACGUAGUGCUACCGCUCCGGUUUUAGUCUUUAUGGACUCACACAUCGAGGUCGGAGAUAAUUGGCUGCCGCCACUGUUAGAGCCCAUUAUGCUGAAUAAUAGGACAGUAAUGUGCCCUAUUAUUGAUAGGAUAAAUGAACAAACGCUUAGAUAUCAAAAAGUAGUUGGUGGUCGCGGUGCUUUCGACUGGAACUUAAACUAUUCCGAGCUGCCGAGACUGCCCGAAGAUAUGAAAUAUCCAUCGGAGCCAUUCAAAAAUCCUAUCAUGAAAGGAGAACUAUUCGCCAUAUUCUCCAAGUUCUUUUGGAAACUGAAAGGUUACGAUAACGGCUUUAAUGAAUAUGGAGGUGAACAAUUCGAGUUGAGUUUCAAGAUCUGGAUGUGUGAUGGAGAAAUUUAUGAUGCGCCGUGUUCGCGUGUGGCACACAUUGAAGCAAAUUACCGAAAAGAGGAUGAUGCGGAGAGCAAGCCACAGAAAUUUAUACUGAGGAAUUACAAGCGCGUGGCCGAGGUCUGGAUGGGUUAUUACAAGAAGUACUUAUUCCAGAACAAUAUUAAAUAUAGUAGAAUAAGCACUGGUGAUCUAACCAAACAGAAAGCUGUACGUUCCAAAUGCAAAUCCUUCGAGUGGUACUUGGAUACUGUGGCCUUUGACACGAAAAAGAAAUAUCCGCCUUCUUUAUUUAAAUAUGCCGAAGGUGCCAUACAAAAUAUGGGCAAUUCUAACUUCUGCGUCGACACGCUUUCGCGGCAGGUCAGAAGCACUAUUGGUGUCUCCUCCUGUGCCGAAAAUCUGGCUAGCCCACACGAGCAGCAAUUCUGGAGUAUUGGGUGGACUCAGGACUUGCGAACAAGUGACGACGAAAUCUGCCUAGAUGUUCCUAUGCGUAAAAUUAAUGCUCGCGUUAAGCUGUGGAAAUGUCACGGACAGGGUGGUAAUCAACAUUGGAUCUACGACAUCAAGACGAAGCUUUUAAGGAACGGCUCUCACGGCAAACGUUGCCUUGAAAUGCUGCCACACAACAUGCAUCUGGUUGUGAACAAGUGUAACGAAACCAAACAAUAUAUGAAGUGGAUCUUCGGCUUUACUAAUCGAACGGCGCUUGAAAAUAUGCUGACAUAAUUGAUUAUGGUGUAGAAGUAAUUAAAAUAGAUAUUCACAAUUAUUAACGUACAUAAUUAUGUUAGACAUUAC